AUCCAAUAUGCUAUAGAGGGCCGAUUAACAGAAGGGGAGCGAUCAAAAUUAUGGAAUAAGGCUCUUCAAAAAAUUCUCAAUUAUAUGAAUAAUAGUAAAACCCGUCUUAUUGGUAUGACGCCAGCCCAUGCCAUGACAUUGAAAGAAGUUAAAUCCAAGCCUUCGAUUAAACCUAAAAGAGAAAGCGGUAAAAAUGAAAUAAAAUUAAAAAAGGGUACAGCAGUUAGGUAUUUAUUGAAACCGGGCGAGCUAGAAGGUGAUCACAGACAUAGGGCAACCGAUCCAUACUGGAGUUUGCGGGUUUAUAGAAUCAAAAAAGUUGUUGUAGGUAAAAAUCCACCACAACCAGUUUUAUACUAUCUUGGUGAACCGAUCGAAUCAAUUGCUCAUUUAAUGGGUCGCAACCCUAAAAGACCUUUCAAGAGAGAGGAACUUCAG